AGUUGGCUGGCUCUCAAGGCAGAGUCUCUCCUCAAAGGCUGUUUCACAGUGAAAAUAUGCUCAGUGCUGCUGAGUGCAUGAAUGAAUAAGCCUCUGGUACCUUCUAGUCUGGCAAAAUGCAGCACAAAACUCAACUUGCUCUGCCCUUUCUCCUGUCCCAGGUUCUGCUGCUUGUGUGUGCAGAUUUAGAAUGUGUCCCUGGAUUCCAGCAAAAGGCUUUUUAUAUCGAAGAACCAUUUCAAUUCACAGAGGACCAACCAGUUCUGAAAUUGAAAUUUGAUGACUGCAAGGGGAAUAAUAAAUUGACCUUUGAAGUUUCUAACCCAGAUUUUAAGGUGGAACGCGAUGGAACUUUAGUUGCACUAAAGAAUAUGUCAGAAGCUGGCAGAACCUUUUUUGUCCACGCACAGUCUGAACAUGCUGAGGAUCUGGCAGAAAUUUUGAUUGUUGAAGAAAAGGAAAAACACAGUGCAUUAAAGGACAUUCUUAAGGUAGAAAACAACCUUGGAUUUCUAAGACAAAAACGGGCUAUUUUGUCAUCUCCGGUAUUAGUUCCUGAAAAUCAAAGAGGACCGUUCCCCAGAUAUAUUGGCAAGGUCGUCAGUAGAUCAGUGGGAGAGGGAGUAAGGUUUCGGCUCUCUGGUAAGGGAGCAGAUGAAGACCCAAAAGGAAUUUUUAAAAUCAAUGAGAUCACUGGGGAUAUCUCUGUGACCCAAGUCCUUGAUAGAGAAGCAGCUGCCAGUUAUGAGCUUGAAGUUGAGAUCACUGAUGUAAAUGGGAAAAUCAUUGAUGGUCCAGUCCGCCUAGAAGUUUUAGUUAUUGAUCAAAAUGAUAACAAGCCAUUGUUUAAAGAUGGACCCUACGUUGGCCAUGUCAUGGAGGGAUCCCCCACAGGAACGACUGUGAUGCGUAUAACAGCAGUUGAUGGUGAUGAUGCUAACACAGACAAUGCUCUUAUCCGGUAUGACAUCCUCAAACAGACACCUGACAAACCGUCUCCAAAUAUGUUCUUUAUUGACCCAGAAAAGGGAGAUAUUGUUACAGUGGUAUCAUCUGCACUGUUGGAUCGUGAGACAAUGGAAACUCCACAAUAUGAACUAGUUAUUGAAGCUAAGGAUUUGGGUGGCCAUGAUGUGGGACUGUCUGGUACAGCAACUGCCACUAUUGUUAUUGAUGAUAAAAAUGAUCAUGCACCAGAAUUUACCAAGAAGGAGUUUCUUGCUACAGUAAAGGAGGGAAUCACAGGUGUAAUAGUAAACUUAACCAUUCGUGACCAAGAUGACCCAGCAACUGGAGCAUGGAGAGCUCUCUACACCAUUAUUAAUGGAAAUGCAGGACAGAGUUUUGAAAUCCGUACCAAUCCCCAGAAUAACGAGGGAAUGCUUUCAGUUGUCAAACCUUUAGACUACGAGAUUUCGGCAUUUCACAGGCUGAUGAUCAAAGUGGAAAAUGAAGACCCACUGGUUCCAGACAUAGUAUAUGGCCCCAGUUCCACAGCAACAGUUCAGAUCACUGUUGAAGAUGUGAAUGAAGGCCCAAUUUUCCACCCGAACCCGAUGAGAGUGACAAAACUAGAAAAUAUCCCUAUUGGCAGCAAGGUGUUAACGGUAAAUGCCACUGAUCCAGACACUUUGCAACAUCAGACUAUCAGGUAUUCGAUUUACAAGGAUCCAGCAGGCUGGCUAGAAAUCAGCCCUACCAAUGGUACCAUUAUUACCACUGCUCCUCUGGAUCGGGAAUCUGUCUAUGUUCAAAAUGACACAUACACGGCUCUCUUUCUGGCAAUUGACAAUGGUCACCCUCCCGCUACAGGUACAGGAACUUUAUACAUUACCUUGGGGGAUGUCAAUGACAAUGUCCCAUCCCUUUACCCAACACUGGCAAAAGUUUGUGAUGAUGGGAAAGAUCUCAGGAUAGUGGUACUCGGAGCAACAGACAAAGACCUUCCUCCCAACACAGAUCCAUUCACGUUUGAACUGAGUAAGCAAACUGGCCCAGAAAAAAUGUGGAGACUCGCCACGCUUAACGAUACUCAUGCCCAGAUCAUCCUUCUUCAAAAUCUGCAAAAGGCCAAUUACAACAUCCCAAUCUCGGUGACAGAUUCUGGGAAUCCUCCUCUGACUAACAACACAGAAUUGAAACUGCAAGUGUGUGCCUGCAGGAAAUCCAAAAUGGAUUGCAGUGCAACCGAUGCCCUUCAUAUCAGCAUGACCCUUAUCUUCCUUUCGCUCUUUAGCUUGCUUUGCGACUGUCAACCACUGAUAAGAAACUACCCUUAGUGAAGCUGGCCAAUGGACUGCAAACUUGUAAGUUGACUUUGAGCUUAAAUAAGUAAAGAAUUCCAUUAUUAUGAGCAAAAAGUAACGUAAAAGACUGGGGGAAAUACUGCUGUAAAGAAAUUAAAUAAGCUGGAGGUCUCUACACUGAAAUUAAUUUGUUAAACUGAUGGUGAAAGGCCUCAGGUGUGUUGAAAAGCAGAGACUCACACAGAUGUCUGUACUGUGAUUGCAGAGAAGAAGCCUUAGAGAUACCCUUUAAUUUAACUUCUUGUUAAUUUCCACUAACUUUCCCUGAUUUAUGCCUGCUGUCCCCCACCAGAAUGUUUCUCUGAUUUGAGGAAUGCAGCUGCAGGGUCAAUGACAAAAAGGUACUGGGUUUUUUUCCUUGAAAAUGAAGUAUUUGUUAAUAAACCAAUACAAAAAUUAAAAUCCUAUUAAACUGUUGGAUUUGAAUGUACCUGAACAUUGACAGAGUUAAAACUGCAGUGUUACCUUUCACCUAGUUCAGUUUUCAAAGCCACAGAAGCACAUGUAUCUCCUAUAUAACCUGUGUUAUUCGUGCAGGGACAUUGAAUGUCUGAAGACUGAAGCAAUGCAUUCUUGAAUGGCAUAAGACUAAGGCAAAUCAUAGAAGGUUUCAGAUGGAAAAGACCUUUAAGGUCAUUGCUCUUUCCAUUACAAUGGCAGGUUUGUUACCUGCACAUUCAGUUUUCAGCCUUUAUGGUGAGUUACUUGCAUUAAUUUUAGACAAUUGAGUAGGUGGUGGUAUUUUUUCAGGGCUGAACUACUGUUUAGUUUUUGCAGAAGGAAUUUUGGUUUUCCCAAGAAAAAGAGAAAAAAAUUCAUCCUUGUCCCUUUUAGCUCCAAGGAGGAAGCUGCAAUUUUUCUGCUUUUCAGAGAAGUUUAAUUUUCAAGAGUAGGAAAGUUUGCAAGAUAAAUUUUAGCAUUUCUGAGGAGUAAAAUAUCCCUAGAUUAGCUAUAAUUUCAAAAACUACCAAGAUGAGGAAGAGUUUUGCUGUGAAAGGGUUUUGGGGGUAGUGGUGUGGGUUGCACUACUCUAUUUUUAAGUUGCGUUCUUGCAUUAGUGCGCAUAUAAUGUUAAUCCUUAAAGCAGCACUUAAAUGAUGCUGUCCAAGAAAGACCUGACAUUUAGUGAAUUUCAGUGAUAUAGAUCUCACUUCCUAAAACCAAUAACAGCAGCAAUAAUCACUAUUACUUCAAUAAAUAUUAAUAUUUAUGUUACAGAUCCUUUUGUCCGUAUUAACAUUAUUAUUGUUACUGCUCAAUUAUCAGUGAAUCCAGAUGGUUUCUCAGUUGCAUGUAUGAAAAAAAUGCUACUGUUAUUUGUCUCCUUAAAGAUCUUGGUUGAUUAGACUGUAGUAAGGAAAGGAGAUUACCCCUGUAGUAAGGGGGUUAAGGGACUGCAUUCAAACUGAGACAGUCUUUGUCUGGAACUUGCUUUUAACACAGACCUCUGUGUCCGGGCUUCUAAUUUCUAUGCAGGUGUACUCAAUCCCGCAGCUUGUUGUGCAGUUGUCUUUGGGAGCCCAGCUAAAGUUAAUGGUGCUUGAAAUGCCACAGAAGUCCAUAUGUAUGGAUGUAAUUGGAGACAGAAUGUUUAUAUACCUAGUCAUGUAGACUUGACAAAUAGAAAUACCCUCAAAUCGUACAUCAGCAUAUUUAAAAGGUACUUAAUGACAUUACAUUUUAUGGAGUCAAUUAGGUGGGAAAUGGCAUUUUACACACAUUUUAAACCAUCCAAACAUGUUCCAGAAGUAUAGAUGUGAAAAAAUACAAUACUUUAAAAGAUGCAUUCAGGAUGCAAUAGAGAAAAAUGUUACUAGCAAAUAUAGCUCCCUCCUUAAGAGCUCUAAUACUGUUCCUGAUGGUCAUUCUGUAGACAUGAAAUGAGCAUUUAAUGAAAUUGGUUUGAUAGACCAUUCAGUGUUGUGAAUUCAAAUGAACAUUUUAUGCUUUUUCUUCACAGUAACUGUUGGUAUAUAAUAUUUUGUAUUUCUUUUCUGAACAGCCUCUUAAAGUCAUAUAAAUAUAUAACUUCAGAUAGUUAUCAUCUAAAUUGUUCUGUAAUGGACUCUGACUAAAAACUAGAACUGAAUAAAUGGCCAGUUCAAAUA